AUGGAAGGCCGAUGCGGAAACUGCACAGAAGAAAUCGGAGAGGGCGCGGCUCCGGCAAAAGGCGGAGCCUCGAGACUUGGGAACUCUGGCGAGACGUCGAGAAAAAGGUCCGCGGACAUGAAGCCGCUACGCUUCCGUCCGAAGCCAGCGCUGUGCCGAAAUCCCCCCGAAUGGCGAGGCGCAAGAGGCGCAGAAGGCGUCCACGACAAAGCGGGCGAAGAACAGGAAGAAGAUGACACAGGGACGGAGGAGAGCUGGAGCAAGAUUCCGCCCUUUGGAGGCGACUCGGCGGGGAGCCGCUUCCGUGUUUCCGCGAAGUGCGCUGACGAGUCCGACGCGGCGCUGGGCGUCUCCGGGCGCGCGCCGCGCGAGGCCACGACGACUGCGAGCGAGGCUGACGACGCGUGCGAAGGGACGGAUGAGAGUGCGCAGCAGUCUGCGUUUCCCCGCUUCCUUCCCCACGGACGAGUCAAGCAUCUCGAGCCUGCGGGCUGUCAGAGCAGUCAGCAUGGCGCGACGCACCUCGCGGGCCGAUCCGUGCUGGUCUCUGUGUCCACUCCGAGCCGAAGGCAGGUCUUCGCUAGGCGCGUUUCGCUCUUCUGCAUGCGCCAGACCAUUCGUCUGCUGCGUUUUCUGCGCUUUCUCUGGGCAGCUCUCGCUCGCGCGGUUCUGCCUGUCUCUCUCGUGGAACUCGUCGAAUCGCACACGCGCAGAGCCAGCAUCCUGGUCAUUUGCAAGUCGCGCGAAAAGAACGAGGACGCCUGCUCUCCACGAUCUCCGUCGUUGUCUCCGUCUGCGUUCCCUUCUGUCUCUUCUCCUGUCGCCCUCACCUCGGAGCUACGCGCUGCAGGAGGGAGAGAACAACGCGGAGGGACGGCGAGCCCGAGAGUCCUACGCGAAAGAAAAGCUCGAGACGAGGACGGAGAAGCCGACCUUCUUCGUCUCACCCCCGAGGAGCUGCUCACCCUCGCGACUGAGGCUUGGGAGUGGGUGUCGCUUCCCUCCGUCCAAGUCGCCUUGUCCAGCUCUUCGCCAGUCCAGUUUGCCAAGAGACGCGCCCUCGCCUGGGUGGAGCCGCUGAAGGCGAGCCGGGAAUGGGCGUUUCCAGACAGCGACGAAUGGCGGCUGUCGCUCUUCGGCGCGACAGAGGAGAGACAGCGCCUCGCGUCACCUGCUGCUGGCCCCUGUGUCCUUUCCGGAGGCGAACUCCAGUCGGAGGAAGAGACCUGCGAGACCAGAGAAGCAGAGAGACGAGAGAGACACGGGGGAAGCGACGCACAAGACACACACAAGAGGGAGAGGAGCCCGCUUUCGGUGUGUGCCUUCUUUGUCUCCGCCGUCGCCGUCUUGAAGAGAAAAGCAGUGAACCAGUUUGAAGCGGCGGCCGCGUGGCUACCGCAGGAAUUCACCGAACUAGCUGCGGCCGCUCUUGACAGAUACAACUGCAUGCACGAGGCGCUGCGGGGCCUUCGUGCGCUUCUAACUGAGCUCGAGGGCAAAGCGCGACAGCUUGUUAACGAGGGCGUCUCCGUUUCUUCUCUCUCGCGAUUCGUGUCCGAGACGCUGGCCUGCGUGUCGCGCCAGGCGCGCCAAACGCCCGCGGAAGCGCCGGCAAAUCCGGCAGAGGCGGACGAGAGAGAACACGAAAGCGAUUCCGAAGAGGAAGUAUCUGACGAUGACAUGCACCCGCGAGGACAAUCGAUGCUCGAGAGACUUCGGAAGGCCUGCGAUCGAGCUCAGACCUGGCAUGUGGAGGCGUUUGACCUCGCCCAGACGGUGCUGGCCGAGAGCUGCAAGAAGCUGACGAACCGAGUGAAGCGAACGGUCUCAGAUGGACGCGCCCUCUUUCACGCAGCGUACGCGUUGCUUUGCGGGCUGCUUCGUGGCCCGGUAAAGUCUUUCCAGGUCUUGGCGAUGCCAGAUUCGCCUGUCGCGUGA